UUGUAACCAACAAGGCAUCCUCAUCAAGAUGAUGCUCCGACUCUUAUUACUGUCGGUGUCUACUUUGACACUGUGUCACGCGAUAUUCUUCGGAAUGGGUGGAGGUGGUGGUGGUGGCGGCGGCGGAUGCUGCUGUGGAUGUGGAACUCCACAGCCAGCAAGUUGUGGAUGUGCUCCAGCGUGUCCACAAGCACCAUCAUGUCCAGUGUGUCCCCCACCACAACCAUGUCCAGCUCCACCAGCAGCAUAUUGUCCACAAGUUCAACCAGUCUACGUUCAAAGCGGAGGAGGUGGUUGUGGAGGAGGUGGCUGCGGAGGCGGUGGCGGAGGAUGUGGAGGAGGUGGAGGUUGUGGAGGUGGAGGAGGCGGUGGAUGCGGAGGAGGUGGAGGUGGCGGAUGUGGAGGCGGUGGCGGCGGAGGAGGCGGUGGAUACGCUUCAGGAGGAAGUGGAGGAUUCGCAUCAGCUCCAGUAUCUCUCCCGGCGCCAUCAUACGGUGGACCACCACCACCAGCUCCAUCAUUCUCACAUGCUCCAAGUGGGGGAUACUCAAGUGGAGGUAGCAGUGGAGGAGGAUAUUCCAGUGGUGGAAGUAGUGGUGGUGGAGGAUAUGCGGGUGGAGCCGCUGCAGCCGGUGCCACAGCUGCACAAGUUGACGAAGCAUCCGAGACAUCAGCAGGCGAGCCACCGGUCGAUCAGGUUUUCCACUCACCAAAGGAACCAUGUACACAACAAGUUAAAUAUAUCAUGCUCCGAAGCAGAAAAGUACCAGGAGGAGGUGCAACAGAAUUGGUAGAAGAAGAAUUGGAACAAGUUGAGAAUCCACCACCACCUGUCGAAGCUACAGCCAAUCCAUUGGAUGCUCAACUAGGAGAAGACAUCGCAGCACAACAGCAAGCAGCAACAGAAGAUGAUGGAGACGAUGAAUCUGCCAGUUCUGGAGAUUUCAAGGCUCGAGCUGCAAAAACUGCUGUUACCGACGAAAAGUGCAAUAGCAAGAUACUACAGAAGCUUGUUCUUACGAAUAUUGCCGCAAAUGAUGCCUUGGCUUCGAAGAAAGCAAUCCAUGAUAAUGCUCUUCAACAAUUCCCAGAUAGCAGUGUUGACGUCAUCUGCUCAACAACAGGCUUCACAUAUCUUGUCAGUACGACGGAGCACUGCGAAGCUCAAAAGGAUGGUGUCAUAUGUUUUGUUUACAAGCGUCCAUUGUAAAAUCUCAAAAAAUAGUUAAUUUAUUGUUUACAAUCAUUUUCCCCGCUUCAAUCUGUCAUUUCCCCAAAAACCGACAAACUUUCCGACUAUGUGCCAAUCAAGACUAGUAAAUAAUAAAAAUAAUGUUUUUAU